AUGGUUCAGUCACUGCUGCCGAGUAAUGAUCACCUAUCGGCGCAACCAUUCAUCAACAAUUGCUACUCGGAGAUGUGCAUGUCGAGCGGCGCAGUCGCUCCUAUGCAAGUUGAAAAGAAGCUCGGAUGGAUUGUGACGGCGAUUUUCAUCGUUGCUGACAUGGUCGGCGGUGGCGUUGUCGCUAUGCCAGUAGCCUUCAAACAAUCGGGUCUUCUUGGAGGCAUUAUAUUCAUGGUGGUCAUUGCAACAAUAUUUGAGUACACGGGUUAUCAACUGGGUAAAGUGUGGUGUAAAAUGAUGGAGAGGUAUCCACAUUUGGGAGUAUGUCGGAAACCAUUCCCAGAAAUGGCAAAAAAGACGAUGGGCCCGGGGAUGCAACGUUUCACUUCGGUGAUGGGAAAUGUUACCCUAUUUGGUAUAGCUGUAGUUUAUUUACUACUUUCCGCCAACAUCAUUCACUAUUUUAUCGGACGUUUCACUUCUAUUCCUGCAAGCAUGUGUGUGGUUAUUGUAUUUCUAGCUGUUAUUAUCUUACCUUUCACCUAUCUGAGAAGUCCCGGAGAAUUUUGGGGUGUGAUCGUACUUGCCAUGGUUACCACCGUCAUAGCGGUAUUUUCCAUCCUCACCGGUAUCGCACUUGAUUUCGGUUCAUGUUAUCCAGAAGUUGCAUAUCCUGAACAAACUCCUAGCUCAAUGAUAUUGUCACUUGGAAUUUUCCUUUUUGCAUUUUCUGGACAUUACGUGUUUCCGACUAUUCAACAUGACAUGAAAAACCCGAGAGAUUUCACUAAGAGUGUUUUUGCUGGAUUUUUCCUUGUCGUCAUGCUUUACAUGCCACUUUCAAUUUCUGGCUACGUUGUCUAUGGAGCUGCACUGGAAAGCUCUGUAAUUUACUCUGUACAAACCAGUACGCUUCAGCUCGCUGCAAACCUCAUGAUCGCUGUGCACUGUAUUAUGACGUUGGUUAUCGUUAUCAAUCCCCUGAAUCAGGAAGUGGAACACUACCUGAAAGUCUCUCAUAGCUUUGGACCUGGACGAGUUAUCACGCGAACCACUGUGCUCAUAUUAGUCCUCUUCGUUGGUCUCUCGGUACCUGAUUUCUCGCCUGUGAUGAACUUGGUCGGAGCGUCUACAAUCCCAAUCGGAUGCGUUGUACUGCCGUCACUAUUCUAUCUAUACAGUGAAGCAGCUACUGAGGAUGAAUGGAGGAAAGGACAUACACCGUCGUUGAUGAAUGUCAUUCGCCGCACUGACAAGACUGUUCUUAUUAUUAAUUUCUUCAUUCUCGGAGUCGCUGUGGUGGGCGGUGUUCUUGGAACCAUGCAAGGACUUGAGAAAAUUGCAAAGGCCGAAUUUUCAGCACCUUGUUAUGUACGUGCAUUCACGUCCGAUUACUACAAUAGCACGUUCACGAUCAAACAAAACUGUUGCGGUCGUUUCCGUAACAUUUCCACCUACGAUUAUUUCUGUGGCGCUUAA